AUGCCAGUCUCAAAACGCAGCAAGGUCGUCUCCCUGACCAAAGUCAAGAAGCACAAGAGCCGCGGGGAGAGCGGGCGCGAGGUGAAGGAGCAGUGGAUGGACAGCGUGCGAACGGCCUGUGAAGAGGAAGACCAGCAUGUAUACCUCGUCGAGUUCGUGAAUCAAAGAAACUCUCUCUUGAAGCUAGUCAGGGACCUCAUCAAGCCUGGCAAGGUCUUUUAUGGGAAAAACAAAGUCAUCCAGCGCGCGCUGGGAACCAGCGCCACCACGGAGUGCCUCCCGAAUAUCUACAAGCUGUCAAAGCACCUCACGGGGCACCGGGCGCUUCUCGUCUGCAAGCACCCCAUGGACAAGCUGCGGCCGCAGCUGCAGAAGCUUCAGGCGAAGGAUUUUGCGCGCGCUGGGUUCGUUGCCACAGAAGACUUGCAACUCAAGGAGGGGUCUGACGCUCUCGCGCACUUCCCACACUCCCUGGAGCAGCGCUUUCGGUCUCUCGGCAUCCCUACGCUUCUGAAGAACGGCAAAAUUAUUCUUCUGGGUGACUACACGGUGUGCAAGAAGGGCCAGCCGUUGACCCCAGAGCAGGCACAAAUCCUCAAGCACCUCGGCGUCAAAAUGGCGGAGUUCCACAUCAACCUGCUGGCGGAAUGGCACAAAGGUCGCUACCGGGUUGUGGACGAUGCGGCCUUGUCUUAA